AUGGCUAUCCGGCGGAAGCCCCUUGCACCAGACCUGGAGCAUAUGGAACUUGAACAUUAGCUCGGGGAUUGGUGUCAGAAAGGGUAGGCGGCCCCGUGUCGCCCGGUUGUCUCUUAGCUUCCACAAUCCGGACUCUCGAGUUUGGGUAAGUAGUUGCAUCCAUUUACGGGAUGUUUGUCUCUACUGCUCCUUCCGAAACCUAGGCAAGGUGGGACUGUCUGCCAUGAUUGAAGUCGGAAGUUGGAAGCUGGAAGCUGACAGCAUGAGCACUCCUCCUAAACCCCUCUCCCAUACAUCAUCAGGCUGGAAACGCCUUCUCAUUUUUGAGCGGAUUCGAUGCCAUGGUCUGAAAGGCAUCGGCAAGCCCGGCCUGACCCAUUUCACCUAUCUUCUCUGGCUCUGUCCUCAUAUUCAUAUCUCUUUGCCUACAAAGUAUCUUAGAUACUAGAUGCCACAGGUGUCAAUUCGCGAUAAAGUAUCCUUACUCCAUGGUGUUGAUGAUACGGGCAACAUGUUCUUAUCCCCAGCCAGGGACCAUCACCAGCACACCCGGCCGCCAAUGCCUCCAGUCAAGGACAAUAUACAUCAGACCCUAAGACAGCGUCACGCAAACACGGUUACAGUGCCAGUCGUACCCAGAAACCGCAAGCCGUUCGUCGCAUCUGUGGUGAACUUCUUCUGCAAGCUUCGACCCAGCCGGCGCCCUGAGCGAGGCGGUACUCUCAGGUCGGUAACAGACAACAUUGGGGAGUCUGAACCAGCCAGGGCAGACUUAUUUGUGCGCAACAAAAGCAGAUCGCAUCAUAGAGCCGAGUCAGUGAACAGUCCGGACUCGGAGGGAAUUCCCCCGGGCCACUGGAACAUUCCGUCGACUGUACGUGCACCAGGGAGCACUGAAGGAGACGGUGGAAGAAUAUCAACAACCACUUUCCUGCCGCGUAGGGGAUACAGCAUCAAUACCCACAGUAGUCGAAAUCCCGGGCACCACAAGCACGACGGAAGCAGUUCUCAAGCCGAUCCGCCACCUGCAAAAAGCCUCGCCCCUUUCCAGCCAGCUAUACCCCCCAAUUCCAUCGCCCCAUUCACCCCCCUUCCUCGCCGCUCGCUCGUGGUGCAAACCAAACAGCAGCUCCGCCGGCAGCGCCGUAACCUCAAGCAAACGGGCGACUUCCUCGGCGUGACGGGAGUAAACCCUUACACGGGAGAGCUCGACGUUAUCACCCCGCCGACAAGCAGCAGUAACAACAACAGUUGCGAUGGUGAGAGGGGCGACAGGAUAAUCUCGCAGGCACCAUCACCAGCAUCCUCGUCGUCGUCAUCAGCUAUUCCGCACUCGAGCCUCCUGUCCGCCCUUUCCCAGCAGGCGCGGGAAGCGCGCGAGAUGUAUGACGCAGCCUUAGCGAAGCGCAAAGCGCGCAUUGAGAGGGAGGAGAGGAAGCUGAAGAGGGCUGAGCAGCGGAAAGAGGUUGUCAGGGAGGCUGUCAAGGAGGGUGGCGUCAAGUGGAUGAAGGAAGAGGGCGGCUGGCUGUCGGUGACUUUGCCGGGGCUGACCCAGGCUAGUGGGAGCGUAAGGCUACUAAGUGAGGCGGCUGAUAGCACGCAUCUGACGACGGAACGGGGUGCUUUUUUAGGGAUGGUGGCGGCGGUGAGGGUGCUAGGUCGACGCCGCUACCACCGUCGCAGCAGCACCAGCAGUAUGGAAGGGGAGGAGGUAGAGAUAGGGAUGGAGGCGCUAGCUCAGCGCCUGCAGCAAGAGGGGUAUUGGCUGGGGACGCAAAUGGGCAACACAGAGCUAUCACUAGCCGGGGACUUGGGGUCGACAGAAGUGGUGACCCGGUUCAGGGUUCCAACGCGUCACAGGCUCGGUCCAUGCCAGGAGAUCAAUGUCGGUUACCCAGGAGAUCUGCUGGAAUGGGGCUGGAUGAUCACCCAAGAGCUGCCUACCCAUCCUACGCCCGGCCUGUUAGAGGACAUGAUUGCGCACGGCAUCUGGACUGGUCGGGUACUGGAACUGGACGGCGCCAACUCAGCGAAGGGGUGUUCAGGCGGCCUGGUUCAAGACCAGAAGACCCUAGAUGGUUUUACCAAGGGCGACGACAUGAAUCGGAGCCACUGGCCGGACACAAUGACAAAAGCCAUCAGCCAGUCACGCCUAUCUGCCUGCAUACGCACCAUCACCACUACUGGCUCAGAGUGCAGCCAACAGGAUCCCUCUCACGCCGGCGGUCACAACUUCGACGGCACGCUCGACGAGCUGGAAGAAGCUCUCCUGAUGCGACGAUACCCGACACCGCCAGCUCGGUCACAGCAAACAUCGUCCCUGUCUUCGACCACAACACCCAGCAGCGACUAUUCUCCGGAGUCGGCGGAUUUCCGUCACCACACGCAACCGAGCGCCUGGCUGAGUCCCGCUGCCCCAGCUCCGUCUACGGAGAAGAGAUCAACCGCAGUAGAAGACGUAACGGUAAUGGUAUUGCUCCGGGCAGCCCCGACCUCGGAGGUGGAACCAGAACUAGACAGCGCUACUACGUCGUCGACAAGGAGUCAGGAAGACGAAACGACGACGCCUCCGGAGGACAGCAGCCGGUCCGCCUGGCGAGCUCGGACGGAAGGCGAGCACGGGCGCAAGGACAGGACAAGGAGCCAAACCGAGGAGCAGAGCGAGGGCAUAUGGGAAUGGGAGAUGCGCAAGACGAUGAGGAGGAAGAAACAUCCCAGAAACGAAGCGGUAAGCGCGAAGAAACUCGCACCCGCUUAUACCUCCACCUACCUCGCGAAACCUUCUUGCCAUUACCGGCAGACCUUCUACCGUACAGCUAUGGCACGGCGAGCCGCACGGGCAGCCUUUCAGGUUGCACACCAGUGGACGUCUCCUCCAACCCCGGGGCCGUCAAUGACGAUAGUUCAACCACCGGUAUCAGCCUCCCGCGGGAACCCCGGCCCUUCCCCUGGCCAGGCCAAGCCCAAAACCAGUCCCAAGCAGCCCGUUGUCUUUCCCCUGGCCCAGAAUGCGAUAAUAGCAGGCCACAACGGCAAAGGAGACACCGGCAGUCAUUCCAGGCCGCAUGAUAUCAUGAGGCGGAUACUGGAAUCCUGCACGUGGGCCGGCGCCGGGAUGGUUGGAGGUUAUUGGCGGGUUGUGGCGCCCGCGUUUGAUGGCAGUUCGGACAUAAGAAAGAGGCUUGACAAGGCGCAGGCAACUUGGGAAGACUGGGGCGUUCUUGUGCUGGCUGUUGGGUUUGUGUUCCUGGCGGUUUCGGCUGGGGUGUGGGCGAUCAGGGGCAUUGUCUUGGUUGCGAGGCUGUUUGGAGUGCUCGGGGGUGUUCUGAGGGUUGUGGCGGGGUUUUGAUAACAUUGGGGAUGUGCAUACAUGGGGGAUCA